AUGGAAUUUACGCAAGUGCAUUACGAUACUUUUAAAAGAUUCCUUGCUACACAUCUUGCUAGAGAGCAAGCCGGGGGAGCAAGUGCACGAGCUGGUGCUCGUGAAAAACUGACCAAACUCAACAAACAGCAGUUUCAAGAACUUUCGACAGAUGUUUAUGACGAAUUAGCCAGACGGUCAUCGGGUUCGAACGAAGUACCUUAUCUUCCGGAACGUGAGGAUUUUCAUCCAAAGAGAAAUCAAGCACGCCAGAAAUUGUCAACUCUUCAAAAAAAUCGAUUCAAAGAUCUAGCAAGCGAUGUAUAUUAUGAGUUGGAUAGGCGAUUUCCGGAACUUAAAAAAGAUAAUAACUUACCCUCAUUUCAACCUAAUGAACAACAUACGAUUCCCAAUAAGUUGGCAGAUGGUGUCGCUUUUCGAGCACCAAAAUCAAAUACUAUUGUUCCGGAAAAAGGAACUCUAAAAGAAGAAAUAAUAGAUUAUACAAUUCAAAAACCAACUAGUCGACCUGACACGUCUAACGUCUCGCCAAAGAGUCGCACACAAUCACAAGGCUCUUCAAUCUCAGAUUUUGGCCGACGCUAUAUACAGAGCGUAAGUAGUGAAGGCUCAAAUAAAGAUCGAAGCAGGGACACCGUUAGCAGUCAAAAGAGUAACAAAAAUGAAGGACUUAACACCGCUUCGCUUGAUAGUCUAAUGGCAGAUAUUGGAAGUAUGUUUGAUCAUAAAUUGCAAAAUGUCGGGGAAUUUAACACUAAUUUGUCGUCUCAGAAUUUUUCCUCUGCUGAUGCUAAUCGAGGAGAGAUUCCAGAUAAUUCUAAAUUCUCUAAUGGCAAUAAUAAUGAAAAGAUUAAUCUCGAGAUUGAUAAAAUCAAAUCAGAUUAUGAAGCCCGUAUUGCUUCAUUGGAAAACAAAAUUAGUGAGUUAGAGUCUGAAUUAUCGGAAAAGAAUAAUAAUCUGGUUGAUAAUGCCAAAGUCAGAGAGCUCCAACGAAAACUCGAAACCCAGAUACAAGUAAAUCAACAACAAGCAUCGAAACUGGAGAAGCUAGAAAAAGAAUUUAAUAAAUUAAAUGAAGAUCAUCAGCAACAACAAGAGGUAGCAAAUGAUGUGCGGAAAGAAGCCACCUCAUUAUUAGAAGAGAUUAAGUUACUUUCAAAACGUAAUGAUGAACUAUUACUUGAAAAAGAACAGGACGCUGAUCAAAUUAAGGCUCUGAAAGCAGAAGUGGAAGAAUGGAAGGGCAAAUUUGAAAAGAAGAAGAUCGAAUUACGAAAUCUUAAAG